UGCAGGCGUUUGCUGCCGUGUUGCUGUUCCACUCUCCGGCCGACAACAGUGAUCAAUAGACAUCUCUUCUGAGUGUUCUGCUGAAAUAAUCUCUCGUGGCGUCUCGUUCGGCUCGCACAGCAUCGCACAGCAUCGCUCCGGACUCACUCUGUGCUCCGAACCGACGCAUCGGCAUCAGUUCGUUCAGACCGUGUGCGGUGUUGGUCGUCGCCACUCAACUCGCCACUCCGGGGUAACUUCAACUGCCACACAAAUAUCAUUUUCAUUCGUUCGUUCGUACGGUCGGCCGGUCGUUCCUCCGUUUCUUCCCCGGAAAACAAACUCCUCGACAAGAUGAAGUGGCUGGUCGUGUGCGUCCUGGCGAUCGUCCUUAUAACCUUAGCAGUGGCUGAUGGCGAAAUUUGGGAGGAGGACGAUCACGAGGUGCUGAUCAGAAGCGAACGAGGAGCCAAAAACCGUGAGGAAUGCAGAUACGGCAAGGGAGCAUGGUCUGAGUGCGACCCCAAGACCAACCAGAGAUCGAGGACGCUCACCCUCAAGAAGGGCAACCAGACGACGUGCGAAUCCACCAAGACCAUACAGAAGAAAUGCAAGAAAGCGUGUCGAUACGAGAAGGGAGCGUGGGGCGAGUGCAACGCCCAAAGUCAGAUGACGAGGAACGACAAGUUGAAGCCGAACAGCGACGCGUCCUGCGAGCAAAACAGACAGAUCACGAAGAAGUGCAAGCCCAAGGGCGCAAAACCGACGAAAGGUAAAGCCGCUCGCCGCAACAGGCAGUAAAGGAAGAAGAAGAACUCAACGUUAGGAUAAAAAUCGUUUUGAAUAAUAUUUCAUCUAAUACCUAGUAAUUCAUGAAAACUUAAUAAUAGAUACUCAUCUUCACAUUUACCCAGCAUUAUAAUAAAUAAAAAUCUAAAUUCGACGCAUUCUUACAGACAAACGUCAAACGCAACUGAAAUAAUGGUAAAAAUUUGAAAUAAAAUCGAGGUUGUGAUCGAUGAAAUUAGAAUAAUAGUAAUUGAUUGAGCUGAAUUACAAUUGUAUUGCGACAUUUGUCAGUAAGAAACGAACCAUGUGGGCCACUGCCAAUUUGAACUAAAACCUAAAACAGACCCCCUCAAACAAGAAACUUACCCCCUAUUAAAGGAAACUUGACCACCCUUUCAUUAUCUUACGAUGGAAAUUUCACUGAGGGUCCCUCAAAAAUGUAAAUUCGCUCCUUCAUGAAUAUUUGAAGGAUUAACCGUUUGUACAAUGACAGUGUCUUCGACAAGCGGUCAAGAAAGCCCAAGGUGUAAUUUUCAUGGUUUCCAAAAAGAAAAUGUAUAGAUGUUGUUGUAGAUUGUACAAUAGAAUAAUCAUCGAAAAAUAUAUGUGUGUAAUAAUUAUAAUUUUCAUUUGAUACGUUUUAAUCUUAAAUGUAACGAUCGUUUUUAAUUUUUUAAUCAUAUUUUUUACUUAAACUAUAAAUGUGGACGUGGACUUACCUAAUCAUAUAUCAUUGUACUUGAUCACAUUCAGACAAAACAAUAAAGUCAUUAACAUUAAA